AUGUGCGUGCAUGCGUAUGUAUGUGUGUGUGGCACAAGAAGUCACUAAGAAAUGUUAAAGUAGAUGCGAUACUAGAUCGAGUACUGCUGACAGGAUUGUCUGUGCAGAAUGUUUCUGUUUCAGGCCUGUAUUAUCAAUGGCUUAAAAGGAGAAAGGGGUUGAACUGUGCAGCAUUCGUGGCGACGAUCUGCCUGCCUGUCAGCGCAGACAGUUUCGAAGGGAAGUGCUUAUCGAGAACAGCUCCGGGGUUCCGUCGCAUGACAGCGUCUCUGUGAUGGAGUUCUUGAUACCAGGAUAGCAACAGAAAAUCUCAGUAGGUGGAAAUAUGAACAGGUGUUUAUAGCUUUUAUAUCGGCGUAGAAAAAGGCACGGAUUCCAAGAACUGAGAAGAUCGUCGAUGAUCUAACGCGCCACUCUCCAUGUAAAACUGCAAAGGCAUGAAAUCGACAAGCUACAGUCACACGGCGCUCUGCAAACUUAAGCCUUUGUCACGUUGCUGCUCGGACUGAGUUUACGAUGUUCCUGUUGACAGCAGAUAAAAGGGCAUACGAAUGAGUACGCAUUUGGAUUCCUAUAACAGUUUUCGUUGCAGGACUGCUGUAAGCAAGUUGUUCGAUUGUCGGGGACACCAGAGGAAGUAAUUGUUAAAUUCGCCCCGAGGCUUCGUGUAACCAAAGGAAACGUGCACUCCAGAGGAGCACGCAGGGCACAAUCCAUCGAUGCAUGCUGCACACGAGAGAUCGUAGGUGUAAAUUGGAUUAACUGCCCCAGGGAUUCCCUGUGAUAACCACAGCAGACCAUGAGCCAAGAUUUCGACGGUAUUACAUUCACGGUGCCCAUCUUUUGCCCCGCUUCUGACACAGGCAGUGGCGAUCUGGCAUUCAGUUGCGGGUUGGCAGAUGGGGUGAACUGUGCCAAUCAACUCCCCGCAGCGGGCACCUAUUUCUGUCAGGAGCCCUCGGCCUCCAGCACUACAACUUGUUGUGCAUAUCCAGUUCCAGGAGGUGUUUUAACGACGACCAAAAGUAAAACGAGGGCGAUAUCGGUGGUUUAUGUUGUCAACGAACUUAGCCCGACGUACGCCACAGAAAACGCAGCCUUACAGUGCUUGAAAGAGUCGUGUGACAGUACUGGUGCCACGCUGGAAACUGUACAGUUUGGGAAGCUGGACUUUGGUGAAACCACCGUCCUGGAUCGAUUUUACAACGCAGAUAUUGCCGUUGUAGAAAUGACAGAUGCUUUCCGGCAGCCUUCACUGUUCUACCACCUCGGAGUUCGUGAAAGCUUCAGCAUGGCAAACAAUGUGAUUCUUUACUGUGAUACAAACUCAGACUCUGUCCAAGCAUUGCAGGAUGUCAUUUGUCAGAAGAACACUACAUGUACAGGAAACUAUAUUUUUAUUCCAUAUAUGAUAACUCCUCACAACAAAGUCUACUGUUGUGAGAGCAGCCUUUUGAAGGGCCUUACCGAGUUGAUGCAGCCAGGAUUUGAGGUGCUUCUGGGGCCAAUCUGUUUACCUCUUGUUGAUAGAUUCAUUCAGCUUCUUAAAGUUUCUGAUGCUAGUUCAUGCCAGUAUUUCAGAGAAUCAAUUCUGAAUGACAUCAGAAAAGCCAGAGAUUUAUACACUGGAAAGGAGCUGGCAGCUGAACUACAAAGAAUACAACAACGUUUGGAUAACGUUGAGUGUCUUUCAGCAGAUAUCAUUAUUAACUUGCUCAUAUCAUAUCGCGAUAUUCAGGAUUAUGAUGCCAUAGUGAAACUUUAUGAAACUCUUGAGAAACUACCUACCUGUGACCUUGUGUUUCAUCCUCAUGUGAAAUUUCAUUAUGCAUUUGCUUUAAAUAGGCGAAAACACGCUGGAGACCGACAGAAAGCUUUAUCAACAAUGUUGCCCUUGGUACAGUCAGAGCAGCAAGUUGCAUCAGACAUGUAUUGUUUGGUAGGCCGGAUCUAUAAGGACAUAUUUUUAGAUUCCAGUUUCACUGAUGUUGAAAGUAGAGACAACGGUGCUUAUUGGUACAAGAAAGCAUUUGAUUCAGAGCCAACACUGCAUUCAGGGAUCAACUUGGCAGUUCUUCUUUUGGCAGCUGGACAUCAGUUUGAUACCUCAUUUGAACUUCGCAAAAUUGGUGUGAAGCUGAGCAGCCUUCUUGGCAAAAAAGGAAACUUGGAAAAAUUGCAGAGCUACUGGGAUGUGGGGUUCUUUCUCGGAGCCAGUCUUUUAGCUGGAGACAACAUGAGGGUGAUACAGGCCUCUGAGAAGCUUUUCAGACUCAAAGCGCCAAUUUGGUACUUAAGAUCGAUCGUUGAGACUAUACUGAUAUACCAACACUUUAAGAAGCAGAAUGUGGAACAACAAGCACCCAAACACGAGUUGGUGGACUUUUGGAUGGACUUUUUGGUAGAAGCCACAAAAACAGAUGUAACUUUAGUCCGAUUCCCUGUGUUGAUAUUAGAGCCUACUAAAGUGUUCCACCCAUCUUACCUUUCUAUUAACAAUGAAGCAGAAGAAAAGUCUGUAUCUAUCUGGCAUGUGGCACCUGAUGACAAGAAAGGAAUUCAUGAAUGGAAUUUCACACCUGCUUUAAUUAGAGGAGUAAGUGUUUCAAAAUUUGAUGAGCGCUGUUCUUUCCUGUACGUGUUACACAAUGCUGAAGACUUUCAGAUCUACUUUUGUACAGAAGUUCAUUGCAAACGAUUCUGUGAAAUGGUAAAUAACAUAACUGAAGAAGCUGGAAAGAAUCCUGAUGAAGGAGAAUAUGAUGGAUUCUCUCUAGAGUAUGAUUAUGAAUAUGAUGAAAAUGGAGAUCGGGUCAUCCUUGGAAAAGGAACAUUUGGUGUUGUAUAUGCAGGCAGAGAUCUGAGCAACCAAGUCCGGAUUGCUAUAAAGGAAAUCCCUGAAAAGGAUAGCCGGUAUUCCCAACCUCUGCAUGAAGAGAUAGCCCUGCAUAAGCACCUCAAGCAUAAAAACAUUGUUCAGUAUUUAGGCUCUGUCAGUGAAAAUGGUUUUAUUAAGAUAUUUAUGGAGCAAGUUCCUGGAGGGAGCCUUUCUGCACUUUUGCGAUCAAAAUGGGGACCUUUGAAGAACAAUGAACAAACAAUAGGUUUUUAUACCAGACAGAUUUUGGAAGGUUUGAAGUAUCUUCAUGACAACCAGAUUGCCCACAGAGACAUAAAGGGUGAUAACGUCUUGAUUAACACCUACAGUGGUGUGCUUAAAAUUUCAGAUUUUGGUACUUCCAAAAGACUUGCUGGCAUCAACCCAUGCACUGAGACCUUCACAGGGACCCUUCAAUAUAUGGCACCUGAAAUAAUAGAUAAAGGACCAAGGGGUUACGGCAAGCCUGCAGACAUUUGGUCUUUAGGAUGUACCAUUAUUGAAAUGGCUACUGGGAAGCCCCCAUUCUAUGAACUUGGAGAGCCACAGGCUGCCAUGUUUAAGGUUGGGAUGUUUAAAAUUCACCCAGAGAUCCCAGAUUCAAUGUCUUUAGAGGCCAAGGCAUUCAUUCUUCGCUGCUUUGAGCCUGAUCCAGACAAGAGAGCAACGGCUGGAAGUCUGUUAACUGAUGAGUUUUUAACUGUCACCAGCAAAAAGAGAAGAAGUCCAAACAAAUCUACAGCUCUUGCAGCCUCUGAGUAUCUGCGUAGUAUAUCCUUACCAGUGCCAGUUGUUGUUGAAGAUACAAGCAGCGAGUACAGAUCUGUCUCACCAGACAUGGAUGUGAAGUCUGACCCUUUUGUGUUUAAGUCACGUGUCAAAUCCUACAGUGAAAGAGAUGUUAAAGGAAGCAGAGGUUUAUUUUUGGGAAUACCAGUUGAGAAUUUUGAAGAUCACAGUGCACCUCCAUCACCUGAAGAAAAGGAUGCUGGUUUCUUUAUGUUGAAAAAAGACAGUGAAAGAAGGGCUACAUUACACAAAAUACUAACAGAGGACCAGGAAAAAAUUGUGAAGAAUCUAAUGGAGGCUUUAUCACAGGGAGCAGAGGAUACAAAGCUAAAUCCAGAGCACAUAGCAAAGCUUGUGGUCAGCCUUCGAGAAUUUGUGAGAUCCACAGACCGCAAAAUUAUAUCUAGCACAUUAUCUCAGCUCAAACUGGAGUUGGACUUUGAUAGUCAUGCCAUUAGUCAGCUCCAGGUGGUACUGUUUGGAUUCCAGGAUGCAGUUAAUAAAGUCUUAAAAAAUCAUAACAUUAAACCUCACUGGAUGUUUGCACUAGACAGUAUUAUUCGUAAAGCUGUUCAGAUGGCCAUUACAACAUUGGUUCCAGAACUUAGACCACAUUUUAGUAUAGCUUCAGAGAGUGAUACCGCCGACCAGGAUGAAGUUGAUCCCCAUGAUGAAACCAUCAAUCAAGGCAGUCAGAGACCAAGUGCUGAAACUGAUGACACUGUGCCAACAUCUGGUGUAAGCACACUCAGCUCAACUGUAUCCCGUGAUUCUCAAACCGCACAGAGGGCUGUGAAUAUGAGGUUAGAGCAGAUGAAACUGGAAACUAAAAGGUUGCUGGAGGAGCUUCUUGAAAAGGAAAAGGAUUAUCAAAAUAUUCUUCAUCAGGUCAUUGAAGAGCGGGAUCAAGAAAUUCAACUUCUAAGAAUUAAAUCACAGCCCAUAAAUGUGCCUGCUGUUUCACGGCAACAUUGGUUGCGCUCUGGAGAUCCAGAACUUAUAAAAUGGCUGCAAGAGCACAAUGCAGAUCAGGACACAAUAGAUAGGUUUUUGGCAGAAGAUUACACUUUGACUGAUAUUCUUCACCAUGUUACAAGAGAUGACCUCAAAGCUUUACAUUUAAGAGGUGGAGUACUCUGCAAGUUAUGGAGGUCAAUUCUUGACUUUAGAAAGAAGCCUUUGUGACAUGUAUUUCUAUGGAAAUGUGAAUUAUAAUUCUAUCAAAACUAAGAUACUAUUCUCUUAAAGAGAUGGCACUUUAUUUCUUGAUGUUCUUUAUUCUGUAAAUAUAUGAUGUGUCAAACUGUUGUUAUAAAUGUAGAUAAUCCAGUAUAUUAAUAUUAAAUAUUUUGUCAUUUCUUCUUUUUAAUAGAGAAACCUAUUAGAUACAUUAUAUUGCUGGCAGGCAAUGUGAAGAACCCGAUGUGUGCUUUUGUAAUAGUAGCCUAAUGCUUUUAUACAUACUAGACAGCACUGUUUUGAGGUGUCAUUCAGAAAUGAUCAUAGAGAAAAAUCUGUUGUUAAGAAAACUGAUUUAUGAAGACUGUCAGAAAAAAAGUUGAUGACACUCUUGAAAUUAGCAGUAAUUCUCAAACUGGGUCUGAACACACCGCUGAUCUUAAUUUUGUAAAAUGUAACUUUUUUCACAAAAUAUUAAAUAUUAGUUGGCUGUUAUAUUUAUAAUUGAUUUUUAAAAUUUUUGCUGAACUAAUGACUGCAGUAAAAGCCGUAAUAACUACUCAGCAUAAGUUUUGAAUUGGGCUUAUGAGUAUUAAAUUUCAGCCUGCUCAUACACACCAAUUAGGGGUAAAUGACGUAAAUAUUCUGAUCUUUAUUCCCAUCUCAGGUAUCCAAAGUAAACAACUUCUCGAAAAUGAUUAGACAGUUUACUUGACAUCAUUGACAUCAACAGUUUAACUGACACUUUCUUAGUUUACCCAGCUUGACCAGAACCCCCAAAAUAUGUUUCCAUCUCUCUCCGCAGGCCUUCACAUUCUUUUCAGAGAGCCACAUUCUUCUCAUGUCAUCCAUCACCAUACCCAGCAACAUCAUCUUUUGCACCCACUGAGCCAUGACAGUGUAAUUCUUCACCCAACCAACCUUUGUCUUUCAUUGCACUUGGGGGAAUGACCUUUGAUUGUUUCAUUUCAGCAUAGCUCCUGUUGUCUCUACAUUAAGCCUUAGAUCAAGGGUGUCCAACUCCAGUCCUGGAGGGCCGCAGUGGCUGCAGGUUUUCAUUCUAACCCAUUUCCUAAACAGCGA